GUAUGUUUAAUGCUGGAGUGAGUUGAGCGCGACUUUCUGCAACUUUAUCUCCGCUCAGACUCACAGCAGAGCGGACUGCAUGCUGUCACAGACUCGAGAGAGAGAGAGAGAGAGAGAGAGUGUGUGGUGUUUAUUCAGUUGCGGGUCGGAGAGUGUUUUUAAGGCGCAGAGUUUGAGUGAACAGGUUGUGACCCUGUGUCAGUAAUGAUGGCCGAGGCGGCGCAGCAGCUCCAGUCGGUUGACGCGGACCCGGAUUUUGAGCCUUUCUGCCGGCCGCGGUCAUGCACCUGGCCCCUGCCCAGACCCGAGUCCUCUCCGGCGGCUUCGGGAGCGGAAGCAGAGCCGCAGGAGCUGGACUUCAUGGGCGGUCUGAGCUUGGCUUUGCUGGAAGAGACGGAGACGGAGGACAGGAAGGCGCGCGGCUUUCGGAGCGAUGAGGCGCGGCAGCAGCAGCAGCAGCAUCUCGCACCGCCGGCCGCUCAGGUGCAACAGGUGCCGCAGCAUCAUCAGGUGCAGGUGCAGCCUCUGUCCUCCUCUUCAUCCUCUACCUCAUCCUCAUCCUCCGCAUCCUCGUCGUCGUCCUCUGCGCAGAGGAAGAGCAGCUCGUGCCGGAGGAACGCGUGGGGAAACAUGUCGUACGCGGAUCUGAUCACACAAGCCAUCGAGAGCUCACCGGAGCGGCGCCUGACCCUGGCACAGAUCUACGAGUGGAUGGUGAAGAGCGUCCCGUACUUCAAGGACAAGGGGGACAGCAACAGCUCAGCCGGUUGGAAGAACUCCAUUCGUCACAAUCUGUCUCUGCACAGUCGGUUCGUACGCGUACAGAACGAGGGCACGGGGAAAAGCUCAUGGUGGAUGCUGAAUCCUGAAGGAGGAAAGAGCGGGAAAUCCCCGCGCCGCAGAGCCGCCUCCAUGGACAACAACAGCAAGUUCACCAAGAGCCGUGGCCGCGCCGCUAAGAAGAAGGUGGGGCUGGACGGCGGCUCGAACAGUCCCGGCUACUCGAAGUGGCUCGGCAGUCCGAACUCUCACAGUAACGAUGACUUUGAAGCGUGGGGAAGUUUCCGCACACGGGCCAGCUCGGACGCGAGCACGCUGAGCGGCCGGCGCUCACCUUUCCUCCCCGAGGAGGACGUGAGUGAGGGAGCAGAACUCCACCUCGGCUACCAGGCCACGAAAUUGGCCUCCAAAUUGCCGAGUCUGUCCGAGGUGACUGGCUCUUUCGGCUCGAAGAACCUGAUGAUGGAGAACCUGCUGGACAACCUGAACCUGCUUUCACCGAAGAACAGCUCGGACGCUCCGAGCUCUCAGUACGCCCCCUACAGCACAAGCCAGGACUUCAAGUGGCCGAGCGGCAUGAGCAUUAACGCGAUGACCAUCCAGACUCUGUCGGACAGCAAGGCUGUGGGUUACAACCCCUACAUACGGCAGUUUAAUUGUACUACUGGGCUUUUAAAGGAACUCCUGAGUAACGACGGGGAGCCCAGAGGAGACGUUCUGCCCCCCAUGGAGGCAGCAGGGCCACAAGGAGGGAGAGUUUUACCUCCCUAUAGUGCUCAAGGGCACAUGGGGCAAGCAGGAAAAGUGAUGGUCUCACACACACACGCUCACACACACACCUCUCCAGCAGUGGGCAUAAACAGGUGUGCCCUACUUCCUCAGGGACAUCUCGGUCGUCAUGGUAACAUGAAGCCGUACCCUCACCUAGCGCACGUGGGAGGAGGAGGAGGAGCUGUCAAUUCAGCGCCGCCCAAUUACUGCAUUGUUAACAGCAACGGUUUCCACAGACACACUCCGGUCCUGCCGCAUCGUCAGCACCAUCAUCAUCACAACCACCUGGAGCGGUUGCCUAGUGACCUGGACGACAUGGCGAUCGAGCGGCUGGAGUGUGACGUGGAGCGCGUGCUGCACGACACGCUGAUGGACGGAGACGCACUCGACUUCAACUUCGACCCGGCCGCCAGCCAGCAGGGCUUCACACACACUGCUGUCAAGAGCAACACACACAGCUGGGUGUCGGGGUAAACACACACACACAUGAUUAAAGUGUUGAGAACCAGAAGAAAAGAAAAGGUUUGGCACAAUUCUUAUUAAAAAAAAAAAAAAAGAUUUUAAGAAUAAAUCAUGGAUCUGGACACACACACACAUGCUCUCACACAUGCUCACACACGCACACACUCACUCAUACUGGCAGGUGUUUAAUAGUCUCAUUCGUGAAGAAUUUAUUUUUAAAUGUAUCAUAUCUAAGCUGGGAGAUUUUUCAUCUGUCCAUCAUUUUUAAUGCAAAAAAAAAAGUCAGCAUUUUUUUUAUUUACCCACAAUGUAAAAAAGCUCUGUGGGGUUUUUGUUUGUUUGUUUGUUUGUUUGUUUGUUUCAAAAAAAUUCUCCACAGGAAUUAAUUAAUGGAGAGGAAAUCUGCUCUUAAUAAUAAUAAUAAACCAUAAUCAUGGCACACCUGCCAGAUGUGUAUCUGCUGUUUUUAAAAACAUGCCUCAAUUUAUUUUUUUUAACCAGAUGAAAUGAAACUGACGGCUCGUGUUCAUGUUUUACAGUUUUAACUGAGAUCUUUGUACAAAGUUGUAAAUAACUUGUUGUGUAUAUAAUGUAUAACAAGGCGUUUAUGCUGUGUGUGUGUGUGUGUGUGUGUAUAGAGGUGUGUGUGUGUGUGUGUGUGUGUCUUUUAUCGAAGUGUUUGAGAGUUUCAGAUUGUGAUAUUUCAUGAUUUUAUAUUAUCACUCGGUCAUUUCUAAACCUUUCUCAGCUGAACCCAGCUCCAGGACGCGGGACGUGCAGCCUGAGGGCUUCAGUAACACACACCAAGAAUAAUCUGAUGUUUCAGGAAAGACUGAAAGCUCUAACUGGACAGAAAUCAGAAGGACCGUGUGGUGCAGAAAUCAUAAAAUAAAGUUCAGAUUUAAGAAUUAACCCACACAAGGUUUAGUUUAUUUCUUCGAGCUGCAGAUUCUCUGAAGCUCAAACCAAGCUAAAAAGAACUUAAUCUCCUUUUUUUCUCCCUCAUUUAAAGGCGCAUCUCAUGAUAAAAUGACGUAUGAGCUCCUUCUGUUUUUCUGCUUGUCCUCAAGUUCAUGUGCUUUUAAUUUACACACAGACUGAAUCACUAAUACGAUGAAACAUCCCAAAUUCAUGUCGUCGUCGUCUUCUUUUUUUUUUUUCAUUUCGUCUCCAUGACAGAGGAUCAGAAGCCGGUUGCUGUAACGUCACACAUGUUUAUGAACUACUGAUUUAUUUUUCUGUGUUAUUGUACCAUUACAAAAUCAUGAAUUUUUUUUUCGUGUGUCGUGGUUUCCAGCUUCCCCUGUGUGAAAGUGUGGUUUGUAUUCAGAUGUCUGUUUCAAACAUAAAUCAAGAAAACGUCCCGUUUCCUGUUGCAGAUGUUACUGAUUUAAAAGCGUCUCGUUCAGCAGUUACGAUGCAGCGCAAAUUCAACACUGCUUUAAUUUUCACUGCAAGUUUUAAAGGCAAAGUAAAGAAGAAGAAAUGCAGUUUUCUUCGAUAACAUUUCUGAUUGAAGCUGCAUAUUUGGGAGAGAAGGGCGUGUCUUUUUUUGUGAAAGUAGAGACAUCACGACAUGUCACGAUAUCUGUUUGUCAACACGAACACUUUACUUCCGUCAACAAACUGACACGUAAAUGUAUUUUUAAAAAACUAACAAAACACAAUUUGUUUUGGUGAG